GGAAAGCUGGUGGCCUCUUAUACCUCUCGUGAAGAAGUUUUCGUGGUAGUCAUAGCAGUCAUAGCAGUCAUUCUCGCAUUAGAAUCUUCGUGAAGUUUGUCAUAGUGUUCCAUCGUGUGUCAUAAAAUUUGACCAUUCCGUACGCUGCUGGCAUCAUCUGCGCCCUUUCGACGCUCACCUAAAAAUUACUGAGGCACAUGGAUGGCGUGCAGCCAAUCGCAGCGCGGGAAAGAGAUUUUUAAUCGGGUUGCGGCGUCCAGAAGCCUGCGUGUGCUGCUCCCGUCUUGCCGCUGGAGUGUCCACCUUAGCACUAGACGUCACUCUGGCAAAGCUGCGCUACACGAGGCUGAAAAUCUAGUUUUAAUUAGAUCACCAAUAGUCGUGCAGCCGUCCAGUUGCACCAUGUGGCCGCCGUCCGACAGGGGCAUCGGCCUGAAAAUUCUGCUUGGCGUGACCCGAAAUCCACGGCUUGUGUCCCGGGUUCGGGUACCGAAGGCUCUCAGCGGCGCCUUUCAUUCGCAGAGCCUGACUCAGUCUUGCCCGGCUCGGCGGCGUGAUCGCGCGCACGUGACGGUGAAGUUUUCUAUUCGUGCAUGUGAUACGUGCAUGGCGAGUAUCUCCGGCGCCUUCAGGCCUUCGUUCACAGCCGCCCAGAAGGCCGUCUUCGCUCUACGAACUUCAUCAAACAUCAAAAUGGGCUGAUGCUGUGCGUCUUAGGCUUCUCCCUUGCAUUGGUGCCGAAGCAUUCUUCAGAGUGAUCCUGUCUCUUAUGAGGGAUUUCGUAAUCGCUCACACCGUAACAUGAAGUCGCGUCCCACUUCGUUUCAGCACCGUUGUCGCCAUUCUGUCGCCAUUGCGAACAUGCGGAAUCAGUAGUCAGUGCUCACAACCAUCGCCGCU